CCCACACCCUCAAAAUUAUACCUUGAGAAGGCUCACGAAGCACCCACAAAGUCACAGUCCGAGAACCCAGCCUUGCUCGUUAUCCUGGAUCUCAAUGGAACACUACUAUACCGACCGCAAAAGGGCGGGAGCAAUGCAAUCCAUCGCUCGGGAAUGAAACGAUUCAUCAAUUACCUGUGCAAAGAGCACUACGUCAUGGUAUGGUCUUCAGCGCAGCCCGAAAAUGUCAAGAAUAUGUGCAAAAAACUAUUCACGAAGGACCAGAAACAAAACGUGAUUGCAAUAUGGAAUCGGCAUAAUUUCGGUCUGAAGCGCGAGCACCUCCACAAAAAAGUACAAGUCUAUAAAGAACUUUGGAAAGUCUGGAAGGAACCCAGCAUGGCGCGUUCCAAAAAUACUAAAGGAUCAUGGGACCAGACCAACACCGUGCUGCUCGAUGAUAGUCGAGAAAAGGCAGCCAGCGAGCCCUUCAACCUCAUCGAGGUCGACAGCUUCGAGGGCACGGAGAAAGGCCACAUAGAUACACUUACGCAGGUGCGCGACUACCUGGAGACCCUUCGCUCACAGGCCAAUGUCAGUGCAUAUAUCCGCGAGGCUCCGUAUGUCUACGAUCCGGAG